AUGCCUGAAAGUCGAACAAGCAAAGGCUCGAUCAAGAGCGUACCCAAGAAGUCUGCCUUUGUGCACAAACUUUAUACCAUGCUUUCGAAUGAAGAGCUAAAUGAUCUGAUUUGGUGGACCGGCCCUGAAGAAUCGGGCACUUUUGCAUUACUUCCGGGCGCUGAAUUUUCCAAGGUGCUGUCCACUUACUUCAAGCAUGCCAACGUAUCCAGUUUUGUUCGGCAACUACACAUGUAUGGGUUCCAUAAAGUUUCCGAACAGCCGCUUGUACAGGGUGAUACCAUACCGAAAGUUACCUGGGAGUUUCGUCAUUCAAACGGUAAGUUCCGCAAGGGUAACGAAGACUCUUUGCCGCUAAUAAAAAGACGUUCUACGUCCUCCUCCUCCAAAAGUAUUACUACAGACUAUGUAAAGUUCCGUGUCCAUGAUCAAUAUUCCUAUUUCCCCCAGGAUUUACAGUACCCCCAGAAUCCACAGCAAUCCAAUCAAGAAGGUGAGACGGAACAUACACAGCAACCUGUAUUAUAUCAUCCUCAGCCUACUGUUUAUUAUCACCCUAAUGUUGGCGUGCCCCCUGCUCCGCCGGCGCCAGCACUGGCACCUCCUCCAUUUUCACAUCUUGGCCAACCGAUGCAACCAAUGAGUCACCAACAGCCCCAACAGCAGAUUCAACAGCAACAUCAUCACCAACCCCAGUCCCAGCACGGCCAGCCCCAACAGCCCCAACAGCAAUAUCGACAGUAUACCUCUCAUCCCCCGCCUGCGUUGUUGCCGUUUACACCUAUGUACAAUAUGAGACCGAUGACAGCUUCUCCCACAAAUAUGGAGCCUAUGGUAUUGCCUACUUACCAUUCUAUGAGAUUGAUUGAAACUGAACUGGAGGUCAAGCAGUCCCACCUACAAUCAAAAUCGGACGCACUCAUAAAACAAGUUCAUGAUUAUAAUAAGCAUAUCCCCAGUUUGGUUCAAUUGAUUCCUCCUCACUUCGAGCCUAAAGUAGACAGAAACAUUCAACAUAGUCGGCUCUCCGGUAUAGAAGCGUCUGUUAGGAACAGAAUUUCCAAGUUGAGUCAGCCGAACCCACAACCAAUACAUUCUGCACAUUCGUCAUUUGUUUCUUCAAAGAGAAAUUCCUCUUUAGUUGAUCCAUUGCAGGAUCUGCCUUUGACAGCACCAGUCCCUAAUACCGGCUCCGGCUUUUUGUCUGCUCAUAGAGGGUUUUAUGUUCCCAAAACGAAUUCAGUAUCAUCAUCAUCUUCCCUUCCUGUCACUCAUGAUCUUCCUGCAAGAAGAACUCCCACUCCUUUCAAAGAUAGAAACCCUGGCGACUCCUCAGUUGAAAGUUCCCAUUCUCAAUUAAGACCAUCUAUUUUUAGGGUUCAUACCAAGGAGGAGCCAGUAAAAGCUGAAAAGAGCUCCAUUUUCAGUAACAAAGACGAUUCAAUUUUUUCCAACGUGCAUGCGUCCUCUAUUUUCUCACAAAAAACCUCCAUUGCAUCCCAAAGAUCUUCAUUGUCUAUGAUUCUUAACAAGCCUACAGUUGAUUCACGCGACUCCAUAACUGGCUCUCCUCUCCGCAAAGUUUCUGUACACACGAUUGACGAAGAAUCAACUUCAUCGUCAAACAAACGUUCGCACGACGAUAGUAACGGCUUUGAAGAUAAACGGGGUAAACUCAUGAAACUAGAUUCCUAG